GGCCACGUUUCUCUGCAACGCUGCCGCGGGUAUGGUGAGCCGACCAUACGAAAGGGCGCAAAAUUUCGUGCUGAAUGCAGCAGGCAUAGAGCUUGCGACCACGUCGACAACGACGUUGUUUUGGGCAGCGAUUGGGCCAAGUGAGCAAGUCAGAGCAGGUGAAACGCGAAAGCACUCCUCCACACGCGCCACAGCUCAAGCCACGGAAGUCCCGCCCGCUUGUUUUCCAACCCUUCGCACCUGCGCUUGCUCUUCAAACAAACACCACCGGAUCACUCACCACCACCUCCCCACCGCCGCUGCACUCGAUCCACCACCGCCGGAUCCCCACCCCACCCAUCCCUGACCACACCGCCGACAUGGCCACUGAGCACCCGCAGCAAGACGUUCCUCGCACGACUGUGCGAGCAGGCUGAGCGCUAUGAUGAGAUGGUCGAGUACAUGAAGGUAUGCCGGACAAAGCCUCGGCGGUGAGCUUACAGUCGACGAGCGCAACCUUCUGUCCGUGGCCUACAAGAACGUGGUCGGCACGCGCCGCGCGUCCUGGAGAAUCAUCUCAAGCAUCGAGCAGAAGGAGGAGGCCAAGGGCUCAGACAAGCACGUCGGCAUCAUCCGCGACUACCGCCAGAAGAUCGAGACCGAGCUCGAGAAGGUCUGCCAAGAUGUGCUCGACGUGCUCGACGAUUCCCUCAUCCCCAAGGCCGAGACCGGCGAGAGCAAAGUCUUCUAUCACAAGAUGAAGGGUGAUUACCACCGCUACCUCGCCGAGUUCGCCUCUGGCGAGAAGCGCAAGACCGCUGCCACUGCUGCUCACGAGGCUUACAAGAACGCCACCGAUGUCGCCCAGACCGAGCUCACCCCAACACACCCCAUCCGCCUGGGUCUUGCUCUGAACUUCUCGGUCUUCUACUACGAGAUCUUGAACUCGCCCGACCGCGCAUGCCACCUCGCCAAGCAGGCCUUCGACGACGCCAUUGCCGAGCUCGACUCGUUGUCCGAGGAGUCCUACCGCGACAGCACCCUCAUCAUGCAACUUCUGCGUGACAACCUUACCCUCUGGACCUCAUCCGAUGGUGGCGAGCCAGAGGCUGCUGCUGGCGAGACCAAGGCUGAGGAGAAGGCACCUGAGCCAGCUGCCGAACCUCCGACUGAGGAGGCCAAGCCUGCUGCUUAAGUCUGCUUUCGUCUUUUACCAGUCAUCAGCGAGGUGCGCUUCAUUUGGCGUUGGAGUGCGGGAGCGAGGACGAAGGAUGCAUCUUUCUCAUCACCUCCUUGAUCAGGUGGAAUAAGAGACUAGCAUGCGAUGAAUCAGAACGGAGAAGAAGAAUUGCAACAAGACACCAGCGAAAUCGACCUUGAUGCCUGCGGCUCAUGGAUCUGAGAAGCGGAGACAAAUGCAGUUUGCUUUCCUGAUCACGCCCUGAAAACCCCCCAUAUUGCGUUUAUUGCGAGCGGCUCGGCGGUACUCGAUGUUUACCCAUGAGUGCCUGUGUUUUUCGACUCUUAUUGGCGAUGUAUGUGUUUCUUACGACGGCGCUCCUUGCUCUGAAUCAUGGCCUCAUCGGCAUGACGUUGCAUGCGAGUUGCCACAGAGGAUGAGCAUUCCACUCAACUCUACUGACGGUCUCUACCCAAGCUAGCAUAUUAGGCAAGCGAUGAUAUCACACCAAAAACAUUAAACAAAUGUUCAUG